AUGUACGUGGGCUAUGUGCUCGACAAGGACUCCCCGGUGUACCCCGGCCCCGCCCGGCCCGCCAGCCUCGGCCUGGGCCCCCAAGCUUACGGGCCGCCGGGCCCGCCCCCCGCAGCCCCGCAGUACCCUGACUUCACUGGCUACUCUCACGUGGAGCCGGCCCCGGCGGCCGCGACGGCCUGGGGCGCGCCCUUCCCUGCGCCCAAGGACGACUGGGCCGCCUAUGGCCCCGGGCCCGCGGCCCCCGCCGCCAGCUCAGCCCAGCUGGCCUUUGGGCCCCCUCCGGACUUUAGCUCGGUGCCUGCACCCCCUGGGCCUGGCCCGGGCCUCCUGGCGCAGCCCCUGGGCGGCCCGGGCGCCCCAUCGUCGCCCGGAGCACAGAGGCGGACGCCCUACGAAUGGAUGCGGCGCAGCGUGGCGGCCGGCGGCGGUGGCAACAGCGGUAAGACCCGGACCAAGGACAAGUACCGCGUGGUCUACACUGACCACCAGCGCCUGGAGCUGGAGAAGGAGUUCCAUUACAGCCGCUACAUCACCAUCCGGCGGAAGUCCGAGCUGGCUGCCACUCUGGGGCUCACUGAGCGGCAGGUGAAGAUCUGGUUCCAAAACCGGCGGGCGAAGGAGCGCAAAGUGAACAAGAAGCAACAACAGCAGCAGCAGCAGCAGCCACCCCCACAGCCGCCGCCGCCGCCGCCCCCCCUCGAUGGCACUGCCAGCCCGGCUGGGCCGCCCCUGGGGGGCCUGUGCCCCAGCGGCGCUGGCCUCCUGGGCGCCUCCUCCCCCAUGCCCGUCAAGGAGGAGUUCCUGCCCUAG